ACUUGGCUUUCCUUCAUGGUCGGCUGCCAUGGGAACGAUCAGUUCUUCAACGACCACGCGGAUCUACAACUCCCAGAGUCCUACAGUGUUCCCUGGAUGAAGGCGGUGGAGGACUCCAGCCGUCUGUCCGCUCUGUCCGUCCCCGGGUCCCACGACAGCCUGUCCCUGGACGGGGGUUCCCUGGCCCGGCACCAGGCCUGGCCCCUGGACCUGCAGCUGAGAGCGGGUAUCCGCUACCUGGAGGUGAGGGUGCUGGCGUUGGGGAACACCCUGUACGUGAUGCAGGGUGUCAUGUACCAACACUACACCCUACAGGAGGUCCUGGACACCACCCUGGCCUUCCUGUCGCAGUACCCCAGCGAGGCGGUCCUGCUCCAUGUCCUCUCUGAGAUGUCCGAGCACGACAGGGUCCAGCGCAUGGUGCAGGACCUGGUGGGGCCAGAGCAGCGCGUCUGGGUGAGCUCCGGCAUGCCCACCAUGAGGGAGGUCCGGGGGAAGGUGGUGCUGGUCCAGAAGAGUUCCUUCGCCUUGGGUGUGCCCCUGCAGGCGGAGGGCAGCGGAGACCAACGCGUGUCAGAGAUCAAGGACAAGGAGGACUCGCUGGCCAAAGUGCUGAAGCAAGCGGCGGCCGAGUGCAGAGGAGAUAACAUCGUGGUGAGCCACUCCAGCGGCACUGGCUUCGGAACCUUCUGGGGGAUGUUUUUAACCCCCCGGCGCGUGGCGGAGAAGGUGAACCCCUGGCUGAACCACUUCCUGAGUCAGUACACCCCCAACCACCCCAGACCCUGCUUCGGGGUGGUCGCUAUGGACUUCCCGGGGUUCGACCUCAUCCAAACUAUCAUCAACUUAAACUGGAGGGACAUCAUGUCUGUGUCCAUGACCAAAAGCGAGGGGGUGACGGUGAUGACCAUGGCCUCUGACCCUGGAAGCGCUUGUCCGCCGCUGUGUCAGAUCCUGAAGGCACUCUGCUACAGCCCGGUGUGCUGCAAUGUGUCCCAGAAACUACGCUCAGUCCUGGGGACCUCCCACUCAGCUCUAGGGGCGAUGCAGGUGAUGGUGGGCCUGAUAAACAUCGGUCUUGGAGGGGUCCUCUCUACCAGCGGGCCAAGCUACCUGUUAUGGGAACUUGGCUACUUCCCCUUCUGGAUGGGCUCCCUGUUCAUCGUGUUUGGCUUCCUGUGCAUCCUGUCUGAGAAGUUUCCCAGUCUUUGUUUGGUGGUGUCCAGUGUGACUGCUCAACUGUCUGGAGUAGGGUUCUCCAUCACUGCCGUGGUGCUGUACUUCAUCAACCUCUUCUCCGGAGAAGGCGGCAGUUGGCCCUGCGAAGAUAACCGCUACGACUUCGGUAGUUGGAGUACGGGAGCCCCCAUCGACUACAGCUCGGAUAUGGAGAAAUGUCUUAAGGGCCUCAGCAUCAUCAAGGCGAUUCUACGCGGAGUCAACGGUCUACUGAUCAUUCUCUCAGUUCUCCAGCUCUGUCUUUCCAUCUCCUGCGUCGUCCUGGGAAUCAAAGCCGUAAAAAAGGGCUUCAAGAAGGAGAAAAAGAGUGAAGACAUCGAACAGUACUCACCUCUCCUGACUGAGAAGCCUGCCUACUGAGGCUGUGAGGCCAACGUUGGUACUGCAGCCAGGGGCAAUACUACGUCAUAUGUUAUCACUUAUCAUCCUAUAUUAAAUGCAGGUAACUAAUUCAAUGCAGAAUGUCACAGCUUAUAAUUCCAUAUGGUAUGCAGGGAAGAUAUGUAAUGGAGACAUUACCUACAGGGAUUGUGUUUCUGGCUCUAAGCUUUUCAGGUUUUCCUUUUUUCUGACAUAGGCCUACUACUAACAUUAUAACCGGCUUUAGCAAAACAUUUCUUGGCAAUGCUUAUCAUAUAAAACAUAAAAUAACUUCAUAUACAAUGCAUAUAUUUGUAUUUUAUGAAUGAAUGAUAAUACAUUUGAUUACAAAAUGAA